AAAAAAGUUAGGCAGGGACAUUUGACAUAGAGGAGUUGUGUUGGGAGGUGAUUGGUCUGGGAAUUGGGAAAUAGCAAAGAGCAGAUUAGCAGAGCAUAAGUCGUCUUUCCUUUUGCCCUCUCUCCUCCAAAAGUCAUCUCCCAACUCAACUCGAUCCCCCGGAGGAGGAGGAGGGCCACGGCGGUCAUGCCUACUCUCACAACCUCUUUCACUUUCUCUCCCUCAUCGCCCCUUAUUUUCUUUCUCCUUCUCAUUUCCACUGCCGCCAACGCCGCCGCCGCUUCUUCUCUUAACCAUGCCGUUUUCAGCGUCAAGUACAAGUACGCCGGCCAAGAACCCUCUCUCACUGCUCUCAAAGCACACGAUGAUCGCCGCCAGCUCCGAAUUCUCGCCGGCGUUGAUCUUCCCUUGGGCGGCUCCGGCCGUCCCGAUGCUGUCGGGCUUUACUAUGCUAAAAUUGGGAUUGGAACUCCUCCAAAGGACUAUUAUGUUCAAGUAGAUACUGGAAGUGAUAUUAUGUGGGUCAACUGUAUUCAAUGCAAAGAUUGCCCUACAAGAAGCUCUCUUGGUAUAGACCUGACACUGUAUGACAUCAAGGACUCUUCAACCGGGAAAUUGGUAGGUUGUGAUGAAGGGUUUUGUUUAGAGGUUAAUGGUGGUCCAUUAUCUGGUUGCACAGCGAAUGUGUCGUGUCCUUAUCUUCAGAUAUACGCAGAUGGCAGCUCUACUGCUGGGUAUUUUGUGAAAGAUAAUGUCCAGUAUGAUCGAGUUUCUGGAGACCUCCAAACUACAUCAUCCAACGGAAGUGUCAUCUUUGGGUGUGGUGCUACACAAUCGGAUUUAUCUUUGUCUGGUGAAGAAGCACUUGAUGGUAUACUUGGCUUUGGAAAAUCAAAUUCAUCAGUGAUAUCGCAGCUAGCUUCAUCUGGAAGGGUUAAAAAGAUGUUUGCUCACUGCUUAGAUGGUACUAAUGGAGGUGGAAUCUUUGCCAUAGGCCACGUUGUACAACCAAAAGUAAACAUGACACCCUUGGUACCAAACCAGCCGCACUACAAUGUCAACAUGACAGCAGUUCAAGUUGGUCGUACUUUCUUAAAGCUUCCAAACGAUGUGUUUGAGAUAGGCGACAGAAAAGGGACAAUAAUUGACAGUGGUACAACAUUAGCCUAUCUUCCUGAAAUGGUUUAUGAGCCAUUAGUAAGUAAGAUAAUAUCUCAGCAGCCUGAUCUAAAUGUUCAUACAGUUCAUGGCGAGUAUACAUGCUUUCCAUACUCAGAAAGUGUGGAUGAUGCGUUUCCAACUGUCACGUUUUAUUUUGAGAAUUCGCUGCAUUUGAAGGUUUAUCCACAUGAAUAUUUAUUCCCUUUUGAAGGGAUGUGGUGUAUUGGUUGGCAAAAUAGUGGGAUGCAAUCCAGUGAUAGGAAGAAUUUGACCCUUUUGGGAGAUCUGGUACUAUCAAAUAAGCUAGUAGUAUAUGAUCUUGAAAAUCAGGCAAUUGGGUGGACUGAAUAUAACUGUUCAUCAAAUAUUAAAGUAAAGGAUGAAAAAACUGGUACAGUACAUUUAGUAGGUUCCCACUAUAUCUCUUCUGCUUCCCAUUCAAAAAGCAAAUGGUCCAUAUUCUUGUUGAUAAUUUUACUGUUGCACACAUUAGUUUACUGCGAUGCUACUACUAAAAACGAUUGCUGACAUACAAAAUUAAAUAGAGAACUGAAUAUAGAGAUAUAUCUUGACAUUAUUGAUGAAAUAGUUCAGAGAAUACUAUUUUGAUUUGUGCAUCAAAAUUAGCGUAUGUGGAAACAUGGUAGGUAUAAAGCUUAGGUCUGGUGGUUCAGUUGGGGUUAUAUUUUUUCUUUCCCUGGGUGAAUCCAGAGAUGUAUGAAAAGGAUUACACUGACUUCAAUAUGAAAUGUAUAUGGUUCAAGUUUGACAAUUAACAUAGAGUUGUUACU